UCAUGGUAGUUGUAGUGCGCUCUGACGCGGAGAGCCCCCUGGACACGCUGUUCCCGUUGCGCUGGAGGACUACACAGCUCCGGUUCGUGCACAGAGAGGGCUUCGUUUACAGCGGUUGGAACACAUUUGCGUCCGUGUGUGUUUCUUUUCUCUGGUGUUUUGCUGAAGUUGAUAAAGAAUGCAGUCCGAAUCUGGAAUAGUUCCCGACUUUGAGAGCGCAGAGGAGGAGUUCCAAGAGGAGCCUAAAACCUAUUACGAACUGAAGAGCCAGCCGCUAAAAAACAGCCCCUCGGAGUCGGUCGGCGCGUCAAAGCCACCCCUCUGCUCCUCGUCCGUCCCGUCCCGCGUCCUCUUGCGCCAGCAGCUGAUGAGGGAGCAGCUUCAGGAGCAGGAGCGCAGGGAGCAGCAGAGAACGCACCAGUCGUCCUCCACCCACUACCCCCAAACCACUGCCACUCAGACCCCCGCCAUCAACGUCACUUCACCCCUGCCCCAUGCUGCCCCGGUGCCCAUGGAGGUGCUCAAGGUCCAGACCCACCUGGAGAACCCCACUAAGUACCACAUCCAGCGCUCGCAGCAGCAGCAGGUGAAACGUUACCUGGGGAAACUCGGCUCUCAGGCCCUGAGCUUGCCCUGCCCCAACCAGUCCUCUGACCACGGGGGCAUGCCGCCAGGGCCGGGCAACAGCGCCCCCAACAGCCCUAUGGCCUUACUGACCCUCAACUCCAACUGCGAGAAAGAGAUGGACGAUGUAAUUGACGACAUCAUUAGCCUGGAGUCCAGUUACAGCGAUGAGAUCCUCGGGCUGAUGGAUCCAGGACUUCAGAUGGCAAACACUAUCCCUGUGCCCGGUAACAUCAUUGACAUGUACGGUAACCAGGGAAUGCCCCAACAAGGUCUACCUAUCAGUAACUCCUGCCCAGCCAACCUGCCCAACAUCAAAAGGGAAUAUUCCGUUUCACAAUCCCCUGCCAUCAUGCACAUGCUGGACAAGUCUGGAUCCUGUGGCAAAUAUGACAGCUAUCAAAGACCUGAAGGCUUCCCCGUGGAAGUCCGGGCUCUAGCGAAGGAGAGGCAAAAGAAAGACAACCACAACCUCAUUGAGAGAAGAAGGCGCUUCAACAUCAACGAUCGCAUCAAGGAACUGGGCACUCUAAUACCAAAAUCCAACGACCCGGACAUGCGCUGGAACAAAGGCACCAUUCUCAAGGCGUCAGUGGACUAUAUCAGGAAACUCCAGCGGGAGCAGCAGAGAGCUAAAGAGCUGGAGACCCGGCAGAAGAAGCUGGAGCAUGCAAACCGGCAUCUCAUGUUAAGGAUACAGGAGUUGGAGAUGCAGGCUCGUGCUCACGGUUUGGCCAUCGCCUCCUCUGCACUUUGCUCAGCUGAACUCGGGGCGCGACAAAUCAAACAGGAGCCCACUAUGGAGGACUGUCACCAGGACAUAUACACGCUGCAUCCCCAGCACCACCAGGCCUGCACCCCCGACCACCCCACCUCUCUGGAGCUCAGCGACGGCCAUGGUAACUACCAAGAGUCCAGCCACUACAGCGUCCAUAACAAGGCAGGGUCCAAACUAAACGAUAUCCUCAUGGAAGACACGCUGUCCCCGGUGAGAGGGGGCGACCCGCUGCUCUCCUCCGUCUCCCCUGACGCUUCACAGGACAGUAGUCGCAAGAGCAGUGUGAGCAUGGAUGAGAAUGAGCAGGCCUGUUAGCACCCCCUACUGGACAAAACUCUGUACAACCACUCAAGUGUUGAGUUGGGACUGUUCUGAGCUGCUGUAAAGAGUCUCCCUUUCCUCUGUUUACAUGUUUGUUAAUAUGUAUGUGCCCUCUACUUUUAUUUCAAGGACUGAUUUUUUUAUGUGUAAUGCUUUAAUCAAAAUUUUAUGACAAUGAGUUUUAAAAAAUAGUUUUUAUAUUUAAACAAAUAUAGAUUUAUCUCUGCAUAGAGGUUAGAUUGUGCUAUUUCUACUGAUUCCAAAGAAUCUAGAUAAAUCGUGGUCAGAAAUGUAGAUAUUCUGCUUUCAAAUCACUAGCAAUAAUUAUAAAUCUAUUUAUUGAAGUAUCUUGCUUUACACUCCUUGUGUCUUAGAUUGAACUUGAAUGUGCCAAUGCCUUAUGAAGACGUGUGGACAUGUGGUUUUAUGCACAUGUCAGUGAGGUCAUCAGAAAUCACAAAUGAGGUUUAAAUUUGUAUAUUCUUUAAUCAGUUGUAGAUUUGAUUUAUUUAUCAUUCUUGCAUUUCUCUUAAAAGUUAAUUUAUAUGAAGAUAAUUAAUCAUUUACGUAUUUAAUUACUAAAGCAUGUGAAAUCAAAUCUAAAAUUACGAUCCAAAAGGCAACAAACAGUAUAUAGUAUGUGCAUUGAACUUCAUCUAGAGAGUUUCACUGCCAAAAACACAAAAGCACAAACAUCUUCCUGUACCAUUAAAUCACUAUGUUAUUUAUAGAGAGGUUUUGGGGGUUGAUGAAUCUCAAUAUAUAAGUUGUCAAAUGAAUAUACAGUACUGGUAAAAUCAAACUGCAUCAAACUACAAAAGCACAAACUACUGCUUGCUUUUCAUUGCUCUUUUUUAUGUCACUGUCCAUCUAAAUCUUUAACUAUUAUUGUUUCUCUGCUCACUGAUCACUUGCCAGGAGUAUAAGGAGACUGUUUGGAGAUUUUGUAUCUGUUGCAUUUACGCCAUUCAAAUACACAGUUGUUCUAGUCUAACACUCAUCUACUACUCAUGGAUUUCAGGUUAAUGAAAAAUUAGCACCGUUGCAAUAACAAUUAACAAAUAUUAUAUCCUUUAAAUGGCUGAGGGUACUCAAAUGUUUCUCUAUCUUCUGUCUGCUCACCAUUUACAGGAUACUUAUAAUCAGGUCUCUGAGACUCAUGAACAUGUUGGUGAUUUAUUUUCAUGUAGCACAAUGGAAAAAUGCCUAUUGGGUUUAGCUGCCCAGUCAGUGCUAGUGUUGUCAAUUAUGAGACUUGAUACUCGAUAUGGAUUUGGAUACUACAGUGAUAGUAAAACACUCCUUUUUAGACAAUGAAAUUAAUUUUUCAACACAUAAUAAUAGCAGUUUUUUACUAUACCAUAUGAUCUUAUAAUAGUAAUGAUACAGACCAAGACCACUCUAAAACUUUUCAGGAAACAUCUGAUUUUGCCCUGUUUAUGGGAUAUUUCUCAGUACUGAUACUUGUUCAAAUGAGUAUCUAGUUUCAGUACUAGUUUGAAUAUCAAUUAGUAUGUGAUUAUCAAUACUUUUGACAACCCUAGCAGUGCACAGCCAGUUUAACUAUGCAGUGGCCACAUUUGUGCCUGGGUGACCUGCACACAAAUGAAGAGAUUUCACAUUUAUAUUGAUUUAAGUGCCUUAUAUUGCUUCUGUUACUGUAGCGAUUUAUGUUUUAUACUUUUGAGACAAAGAGCCGCUGAGACUUCACUUAAAGCUUUGACAAGUUGUUUCUUUUGCUAAAGGUUAAGUUACACAAUGAUGGCAGUGCUCUGUAAUAGACUGAAUAUUGUUGACACUGUUUGCACGAAUGUAAUGUAGAAGUUAUUGUCAGUGCCAAAAUGUGUUGCCAAACAUAAUACACUGGAUGUUUAUAGCCAAGUAAGUCAUUUUGAGAUGUUUGAAAAUGUGAAGAUCGAUAAUUAAUAUUGAUUAUACCCAAAACUGUCUGUCCAUGCAAACUAUUUAAAUACUUUUCUAUGUAUAAAGUAGAGUUGUCGGUUGUAGUCUUAAAGAUAAGCACAAUAUUUGAAAACUUGCGUAACAUGAAAUUUGAUCUCUGGUGAAUAUGACAUUACAAUAUGAGUCUGUCCAUUUGCAUCUGUUACACUUUAUAUGAAAUGAAUGUAGCAAUAGAAAUGGUAGUAUUUUAGUGCACUGGAUACAAAUUAUUGAAGUAAAACUCACCAAUACAUCACGUGGAAGCUCUUGUGAGAAGUAUUAAAAGUUUAUUUGAAUAUUU